AUGAAUGACGCAGACCAUAAAUCGAAGUUAUCGGUCGAGCAAGAUGAAAGUAUCUCGUCUGUUCCGCCUUCCUCUGAAGUGACUGAGAAGCAGUCGCUAUUGUCCUCGGUCAAACAGUCCCCAAGAGUAGCUGCAUAUUGUCUUGCUUUGACAUUCGGAAUCCUUCUAUAUGGAUAUGACCUCGUCAUCGUGGGCAAUGUCUCGUCGAUGCCUGAAUUUCAACGAGACUUCGGUCGCAAACUGAACGGCAGCCUGAUCAUCCCCUCCCUCUGGCUCGGUCUCUGGAACGUCGGCAACCCUAUCGGCGGAAUCUUCGGUUCCCUCCUCGCAGGCUUUGUCCAGGAUCGAACCGGUCGUCGGUUUGCCCUCGCCCUCGCAAGCAUUAUCUCCGCCAUCGGCGUCGCAGUAGCUUACGUCUCGAACCUCCCCGACGGCAUCGACGCCCGACGGUCUGUUUUCUUGGUGGCGAAAAUCAUACAGGGCUUCGCCGUGAAUAUGAUUAUGUGCACGACGCAGACAUACAUGUCCGAGGUCCUGCCGCCUAUGCUGCGCGGUCCCAUAUUGGCGUUUUUUCCGCUCUUCAUGCUUCUAGGUCAGUUAAUUGGUAGCGUCGUUGUGUUUACAUCCCUGGAUGUCCCUGGCCCGAGCGGUUACCUGAGGUGUAUUAUCUCACAGUGGCCGUUCUCGGCGAUUCCGUUGCUCGUGGCCGUGUUUCUGCCCGAGAGUCCGACGUAUCUUGUAAGACGAGAUCAAAUUGAUGAUGCGUGCAAAGCGCAGCGUCGGCUGGAUUCGUCCGCCGUGGACUCGGACGCCAGCGUCGAGCAGCUGCGUCUGUCACUUCAGUUGGAGAGAGAGAUGUCAGGAGACCAGGCUGCUGCAACGGGAUAUAUUGAUUGUUUCCGGGGCGUGAACCGUCGGCGCACGAUGAUCGUCUUGUUCGCGAAUCUUGUCCCGCAGCUGUUUGGGCUGACGCUGUUGGCUAAAUCGAGCUAUUUCCUGCAAACCGUGGGCAUGGAUGCGACUAAUAGUCUCCUUUUCCUGCAAGUCGGCAUCGCGCUGGGUCUGGUCGCUAAUAUAGUCAGUAUGUGGACGUUGACGAGAUUCGGCCGCGUGCCUCUCCUUCUGUUUGGCCUGUUCAUCUCAACGAUCCUCUGGACGGGAAUGGGCAUCCUCGGUUGCUUUCAAGGGAUAGUUACAGUCUGGUGGUCCGCCGUAACCCUCAUGCUGGUGAUAAUGAUCUGUGGUCUCAGCACCUGGCCCGCCUCGUACGUCGUGGCAGCCGAAACCUCGGCGCUGUGUCUGCGUUCCAAAACGCAGGGUCUAGGAUGGUUAGUGAAUGGCCUCUCCAACGGCAUCUUCGGGCUCGUGUUGCCCUACAUUUUCAACCCCGACGAGGGCGCGCUGCGUGCGAAAACGGGGUUCGUGUAUACGGGCUUUUGCGUCCUGGCGCUAGUGGGCACGUGGUUAUUUGUUCCGGAGAUGAAAGAUCGAAGACCCAUGGAGAUUGAUAGGAUGUUUGAGAUGGAGCUGUCCACGAGGAAGUUUAAGGGCUGGGUUGAAGAGAGGACAGACUCUGCUUGA